AUGGAAUCUUUACGUGAAAUCGAGCUUGAAGUCCACAAGCAAGAAAAAUUAUUUUACACUAGCUACAAAGGAGUUCUGAGCAGACCUCUGGGCUACUCCAUGAAGAAGCUCUACGAAGGCCAAUGUGGCAUGAGGAGUAAGAAGGAAAUCCGCAACCUUGGAUGUGACAAGUUACACGUUAGAUUCAACAUGAUUGGGUUUGCAAGAGAUAGAAAUUUCUACCCAAAAACUCAUUUGGACUACAUGCAGAAGAAGUGUUUCCAUGAGUUAGAGAUCCGCCACUCAGAAAGAUACAAAUUCAGAGAUUCGCCAGAAUUGUACACGAAGAACUGCAUUCCCAGGAGAGGCAUUAUCAACAUCUGCAGAGUGGCAAGGUUUAUCACAACCGUUUUCAACAUUGAUAGUAUGACUGCAAUCCUCCUUGAACUUUGGUCAAUAAGUGUUUUAAUCAUUCGUGAUACAAAAGUUCAAUCAGAUUUAUAUAUGCUCCUGGAGUCCUCAUUACAAUGCAUAGUUCUUCCUCAAAUCCUUCUAUGCUCUCUAAAUCUGAUUAACUUUAGAUCCUUCUCUGUUACGAUGAUAUAUUUUCACUUAAUUAGAUAUUAUUGAUGUGUUUAUGAUUGUCAUUUCUUGUUGAAGUCCCUUAACUGAUAA